CCUGAAGCAGUGCCUGGCGGAAUUCAGGCAGCAGCUUGCGUGGGUGGAAAGGCUGGAUGUGACUUUGGGCCCGGUCGUGGACCCUGUCGCUCAGAGUGCUUCUAACACAGAUGCUGUUGACCCGGAGAAUGAUUUCCAGAGAGAGAUGAGCUUCUACAGGCAGGCUCAGGCAGCUGUCCUGGAUGCCCUGCCGAGGCUGCGUAAGCUCCAGGUUCCAACCAGGAGGCCAGAUGAUUACUUUGCAGAGAUGGCAAAAUCAGACCAACAGAUGCAGAAGAUUCGAGUAAAGCUUAAGAGUAAGCAGGAAGCCAUGGAAAGGUCUGAGAAAGCGAAACAGCUCCGUGCAAUGAGAAAAUAUGGCAAGAAGGUGCAAACUGAGAUUUUGCAGAGGAGACAAAAGGAGAAAAAAAAUAUGUUGAAUGCAGUCAAGAAGUACCAGAAAGGUCUCUCUGACAAGCUGGACUUUCUAGAUGAAGACCAGACGUCUCAGGGGAAUAAAAAAGGCAACGCAAGCCAACGGACAAAGAAGGGACCAAAUGCCAAAAGACGAUACAAAAAUCAGAAGUUUGGUUUUGGUGGGAAGAAGAAGGGCUCAAAGUGGAACACAAAGGAGAGUUUUAACGACGUGUCCAGCUUCCAGUCAAAGGUGGCUCACAACAAAGGCCCAGGAAGAACAGGAAAAGGAGGAAAAAAAGCCCUCAAUAAGAGACCUGGAAAAAGAGCAAGGCAGAAGAUGAAGAACCGAGCGCGCUAGGAGGACUGUGCUCCCCAGGGGCUUCUUACGUUUCUGCUGUCAUCAAACAGCUAACCAUAGAGCAAGCUGGAUGCUUCCAAGGAGGAUGGAAAAAAAAGUCAGUGGAAGCUAGUGCCUUAUCACUAAUUUCUUCUUACUGUCUGUUUUGUUGAAGGAUUGUUUUCUAUUUAAACCUUUGGUGUGCGAAUGCAUUAAAUGGUUUGCACCAAAUUGUGUGUAACUCAUGUUUAGCUGUUUUAUGAAUGGUGGCUGCAGCCUGCCCUUUGUUCCCAUAAUUCUGACAGCUUUUUUCACAGCUACUGUUGACAUGAAAUUGGUGAACUUGAGUUCUGGGUCAUAUUGCUGUUGUCAGAAUAAGAAGUCUGAAGCCU